AUGAUUCUCAGUAGCACGGAGGUUGUACUCAUGGAGACGAUCCUUAGGCUGAGCACCGACACUGAUAAAGAAGCUGUCUCCGGCACUAUCACUAACCGGAGUUCUCAUUUUACCAGGAGUCUAAUUCGCCGUUCCAUGACCGGUCACAUAGCGGGCCACGGUCAUGCUGCAGGGGUGGAUAGCCGUGUAUUCGUUUGCAUGGAGCCCGCCGGGAAAAGGCGCAAGCUUGCCCCAAAGCUCAACGCCUCUGCUUCCUUCCCCUCAGGCCCUCGCUCUAAGCUCUAUCAGCAUGAACCGCGUCACAUAGUUCCAGAUGCGCCUCACCACAGCCGACGCCAUGAGUUUGAGGCCUUAAAACGUCACUUGCACGAUGCCGCCAUGAUCAUCAACCGCCAAACAUCACAACUAAACACCUCUUACGCAAACGUCUCCCUGUUACCGGAGUCCUUAUCCGAUGCCGCCUCGCCAGAAGCAACCCGCACUCUAGGCGGUCCGCAUGGCCUAACGCCAGGCUCGAAAUUGACCUUUGAUGAAGCUCGUGUUCUGGUUUGCACUACCUUUGUCGGUAAUGCCACUCCUGACAUGUCGGAUUUCCGCAGCUGGCUGUGCAAUACACCACCCUUAGCCGCUCAAACCACUAUCGAGGGAGUAUUUUUAGGUCCUCCUACUGUGUUGCUUCUGUCUAUGUCCACGUCUCUCUGGGCUAGCGUUCAGCAUGAUAAGAUCUGGAACUACUUGGGCAAUAUAACCUCGUGUAAUCUGGCUUCUCUAUACAGCAAGAUGGUUGGCGCACCCGCCACCUCCACCGCAGUAACCGAACCGAGCACCGCGACAACGAUGGCUCCCGAGGCGGCCAAGGAUGAACGACCAGAUGAACAAACGAUCCCAAUCGCUAAAAUUCAUCAGUCACUGGCAGCCAACGGACUAGAGCAGCUUAAGGCCCUUAGCCACGUCCGUCACCGAAGCGGCGACGCUGCUGUCAACACUUCUCCCCAACGCGCCGUUUUGCCCGUUGCUAUGCCGGCCUUACACCCUGGCUUCCGAAAUUUGACUCGUUCAGAGCCAAUGCCUGUGCUGGAUAGUGGCACAGGAUCUACGGGGGCUAGGAUGAGACGUAUGCUUGGAAAGCCUGACAUUCGAUGUGCACACUGCAGUCAUACGCCAUUUAAAGAUGCAUCCUCUCUAAGGAAACACAUAGCCGCCGCGCACACACGCCCGUUUCCCUGCGCAUUCUACUUUGCAGGGUGUACGAGCAUCUUCGGAUCUAAGAACGAGUGGAAACGCCAUAUUGCCUCACAGCACCUCUGCUUACAGUACUAUCGCUGCUCUAUCUGUUCACAAACUACCUCAGAGGGGAAGGAUAUUGAGUUCAAUCGCAAGGAUCUAUUCACGCAGCACCUUCGGCGCAUGCACGCUCCUUUCAAGAGAGCCCUCACCAGAGGGGAAAACGGUCAACAACAGUCGGAAAGGAACAUGCAGCAGGCCUGCCUCAAACAGCGAAGGCGUCCACCGCAGCGAUCCAGCUGCUCGAAACCCGGCUGUGUGAAAACUUUUGAGGGCCCGACUGCCUGGGACGAAUGGACAGCGCAUGUCGGUCGGCACAUGGAAAAGGGCGAAGGCGAAAAUCUUGGCGUCGAUGACUUGCUUCUGCGCUAUGCCCUCGAUGAAGGCAUUAUUGAGAAGGUCGGCGACAAAGGGUACCAACUUUGUAAGAGCCACACUUCGUUGCGGGAAGGUGAACCGUGA